UUCAACAAGCUUCGGCUGGCAGGACAGCUUUGUGACGUGGUCCUCAUCGCAGACGGUGUUAAGUUCAACGCCCAUAGAGUGAUUCUGUGUGGCUGUAGCUCCUACUUCCAGGCUCUGUUCGCCAGUGGCUGGAGUGAUUCAGGAAAGCGAGAGUACCAACUCCCAGGCAUUUCCCCAGAAACACUGAGGCAGGUCAUAGAGUACGCCUACACGUACUCUGUGGUCAUCACAGCUGACAAUGUGGAGAACCUCCUGGCAGCUGCUGAUUAUCUCAGUGUCCUGGGCAUCGUGCAGCGCUGCUGUGAUUUCCUGCAUGAGCAGCUCUGCCUUCAGAACUGCAUUGGCCUUUUAAAAACUGCCGAUGGUUACGGCCUCAACGAGCUGCACCAGUCUGUUUUCAGCUUUAUCCUUAAGAACUUCAAGGAGGUUGCCAGCAUCUCAGAGGAGUUCAUAGAUCUGUCCCUGCAAGAACUUUGCGACAUUAUUGAGAAGGAUGAGCUGAAUGUGAAACAGGAAGAUGCAGUGUUUGAGGCCAUCCUCCAGUGGAUCGAGCACGAGCCUGCCACCCGAGAGGCCCACAUUUCAGUUCUGUUGCCCGUUCGCAUGGCUCGUAUGGAUCCGGCGUACUUUAUGAAGAUCGUCAAAGCUAACGAUCUGGUGAAGGCCAAUGCGGCGUGCAGGCCAAUUAUCAGUGAUGACAUGGAGCGAGUACUGAUGUCCCCGGCUUUCGAAGUGUUCAACAAGCUUCGGCUGGCAGGACAGCUUUGUGACGUGGUCCUCAUCGCAGACGGUGUUAAAUUCAACGCCCAUAGAGUAAUUCUGUGUGGCUGUAGCUCCUACUUCCAGGCUCUGUUCGCCAGUGACUGGAGUGAUUCAGGAAAGCGGGAGUACCAACUCCCAGGCAUUUCCCCAGAAACAUUGAGGCAGGUCAUCGAGUACGCCUACAUGUACUCUGUGGUCAUCACAGCUGACAAUGUGGAGAACCUCCUGGUAGCUGCUGAUUAUCUCAGUGUCUUGGGCAUCGUGCAGCGCUGCAGUGAUUUCCUGCAUGAGCAGCUCUGCCUCAACAACUGCAUUGGCCUUCUUAAAAUCGCCGAUGUCUACUGCGUAAACGAGCUGCACCAGUCUGCAUUCAACUUCAUCUUGAAAAAUUUCAAGGAGGUUGCCAUCAGCUCAAACGAGUUCCCAGAACUAAGUCUUGAACAACUUUCUGACAUCAUAGAGCAGGAUGAGCUUAAUGUCAGAGAAGAGGAUGUGGUGUUUGAGGCCAUCCUCCGUUGGAUCGAGCACGAGCCUGCCACCCGAGAGGCCCACAUUUCAGUCCUAUUGCCCAAGAUUCGGAUGGCUCGUAUGGAUCCGGAGUACUUCAUGAAAAUCGUCAAAGCCAACGAUCUAGUGAAGGGCAAUGCGCCGUGCAGGCCAAUUAUCAGUGAUGUACUGAAGAUGAUAUAUGAUCUCGACGAUGAAAGUCCACGAUCUGACUUUGAAAGGCCACUGAUUCGCCCGCGCCUACCCGCUGACAUUUUAUUGGCCAUUGGUGGCUGGAAUUUCCGCACAACCAAUUGGACUGAAGCCUAUGACACCCGGGCUGACCACUGGGUCGAUAUAACACAGGGGCAGGAGACUCGCCAGUCCGGCCAUGGCAGUGUGUGUUUAAAUGGCUUCGUGUAUUGUUUUGGGGGUUAUGAUGGCCAUAAUUUCACCGAUGCUGUGCGCAGAUUUGACCCCGUCGCACGGACAUGGCAGCACAUGGCCCCGAUGCACUGGCGCCGCUGUAGUGUCAGCGUGGCCGUAAGUAACGGCUUCAUCUAUGUGAUGGGUGGCCGUUUAGGCGUGUCGCCUCUGAAUAUCGUAGAGCGAUAUGACCCAAAUGCCAACGAGUGGACCAUCAUCCAGCCCAUGAACGAGGAGCGACAGGAUGCCAGUGCCACCACCCUGAAUGGAAAGAUAUAUAUUUGUGGGGGUAGCAAUGGAGCUCAGACCACUUCCACUGCGGAGUGCUAUGAUCCUCUCACGGGCGAAUGGACCUUGAUCGCUCCCAUGCGCACUCGCCGACGUGGCCUUGGAGUUGCGGCAUAUCAGGGAAACAUCUAUGCGGUGGGCGGUACCAACGGGGUUCAUGCAGUGCGGAGUAUGGAGGCUUAUGACCCUGCAACUAACCAGUGGCACGCUGCGCCUCCCAUGAGACAACAAAGGAGCUAUUUCGGCAUCGCAGUGGUGGACGGCUUGCUGUUUGUAAUGGGAGGCUCCGAUGGGUUCGAAGUCACUGCAAAGGUGGAAUGUUAUGAUGCAGAGAAAGGCAGCUGGUACCGUGCGCAGGACAUGAUUACGCCUAAGAGGAACUUCAGCUGCUGCACAGUGCCUGCGCACCCCCGCUUCGUACAGUACGCUGCACCUCGCCCACCUGCCCCCAUCUGCCUGCCUGGUAACCACGUGCUCAACAAGUAGCUGGCAGGGAACAAGGGAAACGCUACAGACUGACAACAGGGGAGGACAAGAAAGACUGACAACACGUGGGACGAGAUGACCAAUGACACCUACUGGCCAAACAGGGAAGGGACACAGAAUGGGACAGUUAAAUAACAUUGGCAUUCCCUGAAGGGUUUGGCAUUCCCUGAAGCCAAGCUGUUAAUUAUUGUACUCCACGCCACCUCUGGUGAUUGAAUUGCAAUGUAAUGAUUAUGUUGUUCUAUAAUCUUAUUGAAUAAGUGUUAUAAGUUGUUAGAAGUUAUUUUUGUAUUCUUUUAUACUUCAUUUUUAACAGUGUGAUUUUUGACCUGACAGCUUUGUUUGGCAGUAAAAAGCUUUAAGGGGGCAGUUUAAUGGCUCUAUACACAGCAAUGUGUAUAAUGGCCAAAGUGUUCUUAUUGAAUAUGCUUAGAUUAUUUUUGUAUACAUUUACAUUUUUAUUUUACAGACUUUAUGUAAAGGCAACCAGCGCUUAAAAGUUUAACGUUUAAAUAAAUGUCUUAUUUGGAGAACAA